UCCAAACCCUUCACCUCCACAGAGCUUCUCACUCUGCAUCACCCAUUUUUUUCUUCUCUCUCUCAUUCCUUCUACUCGCCCCCUAAGCCAAAACCCAUUUCCUCAAUCCACCUUUCUUUCCACCCACAUCACCAAAAUCCUCUCUUUAUCCAUUUCAGUUCUUUCCCCCUCCUCCUUCUUUAAUUCUCACCUCUCAGAUAUUAUAUAUCCACACCAUUAUCAUCUCUAAGAAGAAGAAGAAGAAGAAAAAACUAGCAACAACAAUCACAUUAUAACAGAACAAUGAAGGUUUCAGUCUCAGGAAAGCUCUUCACAUUAGGGUUGAUAAGUUUCUGGUACGCCUCCAACAUAGGAGUGUUGCUGCUGAACAAGUACCUUCUGAGCAACCACGGUUUCAGGUACCCUAUAUUCCUGACACUGUGCCACAUGAUGGCGUGUUCAAUUCUCAGCUACGUUGCCAUUGCAUGGCUCAAGAUGGUGCCCAUGCAAACGGUGCGUUCGAGGGUGCAAUUUGUGAAGAUAUCGUCGCUGGGACUCAUAUUCUGCUUGUCCGUGGUGGGGGGCAACAUCUCCCUCCGCUACCUUCCGGUGUCGUUCAACCAGGCCAUCGGCGCCACCACGCCGUUCUUCACGGCGGUGUUCGCCUAUUUGAUGACCCUCCGGAGGGAGGGUUGGCUCACGUAUGUCACACUCCUCCCGGUUGUCGCCGGUGUUAUUAUUGCUAGUGGGGGAGAACCAAGUUUUCAUCUAUUUGGAUUCAUAAUGUGCAUCGCAGCUACAGCAGCCAGGGCACUCAAAACAGUACUUCAAGGGGUUUUGCUGUCUUCUGAAGGGGAAAAGCUCAAUUCUAUGAACCUUCUUAUGUACAUGGCACCAGUGGCUGUUGCAUUCCUUCUUCCAGCCUCAAUCAUAAUGGAGGAAGAUGUCAUUGGAAUCACAAUUUCACUUGCCAGAGAGGAUUCAAGUAUUUUGUGGUUGCUUAUGUUCAAUUCUGCAUUGGCAUACUUUGUCAAUUUGACCAAUUUCUUAGUCACAAAGCACACCAGUGCAUUAACACUUCAGGUACUAGGAAAUGCAAAGGGAGCUGUGGCAGUUGUUAUCUCCAUUUUGAUAUUCCGAAAUCCUGUAUCAGUGACUGGAAUGUUUGGAUAUUCUCUCACAGUCAUUGGAGUCAUCCUAUAUAGUGAAGCCAAGAAACGGGGUAAAUAAAAGUGAAAAAUGCAUCCAUCGACUCUUAAAACUGCUGAUGCACCUAUCGGAAAGAAUUUAAUCUUCUGAUUCAUUGAAAGUGUAAAUAUUUUGCCCCUUCAGCCAGGUUCAAUCAUCAGCAGUGAAGAGAAUCAGCGUAUGGGCGAUGUUAGUGCUCGGCUUGACAUAUCUAGGAAUUAGUGGACUGGAGAAAGAACUUUAUUACUUGUAACAUUUGCUUAAUUUUUUAACUCAUGUAUGAUAUUUGAACCUAUAAGUUUAAUGGAAGCUGACGUAAUUUUGGUGAAA